AUGUCGAAGUCUCAACAAGUCCACUCUAUCGACAGCCGCAGUCAAGACUAUCUUGACGAUGCCGAGAAGGGCAUUUACAACAGUACACUGGAGUUGAUGGCACCUCCUCCUUUUGUCUAUACAAGCCAAGGACGAGAUACACAACUUAGCCCUCUGCAAUCACCUACAUCGCCAGUGCACGAAGGCAUCACACCGUGCACGAGCGUGCCAGAGCUAUCAUUACCUCAGCCGACCAAGGGUGACACCUGUCAUAUCGAGGCUGUUGAAGAAGUUUUGAAGAAGCCGGUCCUAAUAAAAGCAAAGAUCAGUCGCUGGAUUUUGUUCGAGCUAUGGUUCAAUGCGUACCGGAGGUUUUUCACCUUUGUCGUCCUGUUCAAUCUCGUUGGCAUCAUCUUGGCUGCACUCGGUCGAUUCAAGUACGCAGAGAACCAUCUCGGUGCAUUAGUACUGGGGAAUCUUCUCUGUGCUAUCUUGAUGCGCAACGAACUCUUUGUUCGCUUCCUGUAUUUGCUGGCCAUAUACGGAUUGCGAAGUUGGGCUCCCUUGCGGAUCAAACUCGCAGCAACAUCUGUGCUGCAGCAUUUGGGUGGCGUUCACUCGGGAUGUGCACUUUCCGGGGCCGCCUGGCUUGUAUACAAGAUCGUCGACAUAUUACGCUACCGGGCUGUCCAGCACCCGGCCGUAAUUGCGAGCGGUCUUAUCACAAACAUUUUUAUUAUCAUCUCUGUGCUAAGUGCCUUCCCUUGGGUCCGCAACACUUACCACAAUGUCUUUGAGAAGCACCACAGGUUCAUUGGAUGGCUGGGACUUGCCAUGACUUGGGUUUUCGUGAUUAUGGGUAAUACCUAUGACAUCAAACUCGGCCGAUGGAGGACAGACACCCACUCUCUCCUCAGUGCGCAAGAGCUGUGGUUUGCAGUCUUCAUGACGGCCUUUGUGCUAAUCCCAUGGGUCACUCUCCGUGAGGUGCCAGUCGAAGUCGAGAUUCCAUCACCCAAGGUCGCAGUCCUUCGAUUCGAGCGCGGCAUGCAGCAAGGUCUUCUAGGACGCAUCAGCCGCACCUCGAUUAUGGAGUACCACGCCUUCGGCAUCAUUAGCGAAGGAAGAAAGGCUACCCAUCAUUACAUGAUCUGUGGUGUUCAAGGCGACUUCACAAGGAAUCUUGUGGCCCACCCACCAAAGACGGUAUGGACACGACAAUUGAAGUUUGCCGGCGUCGGUCACGCUUCCGCAAUGUACAAGCGUGGAAUCCGCAUCUGUACCGGUACCGGCAUUGGUGCUGCUCUCUCGACGUGUAUACAGAGUCACGACUGGUUCUUCAUCUGGAUUGGUUCUGACCAGGAGCGCACUUUUGGACCUACGAUUACAAAUCUGAUCAAAAAGCACAUUGAGCCUGAGAGAAUGAUCCUCUGGGACUCGAAAAAAAGGGGUGGCAGACCGGAUAGUGUGCAAUUGCUCAAGGACACUUGGAAGAGCUUUGGCGCCGAGGUUAUCUUCAUCACGAGUAAUAUGCAGGGUAAUGAUGAGAUGAUGCAGGGUUGUAGAGCGGCGGGAUUACAUGCUUUUGGGACACUUUGGGACUUUUGA